AUGUCUAAACCGGCCAUCGGCUUUGUUGGCCUCGGCGCCAUGGGCUUCGGCAUGGCCACUCAUCUCGUGAAAGAGGGCUAUGCAGUACACGGUUACGACGUAUUCCCUGCAUCAGUAGAGCGGUUUACAGCUGCAGGCGGAAUUGCAGCUUCAUCACUACAGGACUCGGCCAAGGAAAAAGAUUUCUAUGUUUGCAUGGUAGCCUCGGCUCCACAGGUGCAAAGCGUCCUUUUCGGGGAUGAGGGCAUAGUUGCAGCUCUUCCCCAGAAUGCAACCCUCCUCCUCUGCUCCACCGUCCCUGCAUCAUACGCCCAAUCCGUCGCCGCUGAGCUAGCCUCCCUUGGCCGCGGUGAUAUAAGUUUCAUUGAUGCUCCAGUCUCAGGUGGCGCCCUCCGUGCCGCUGCGGGUACAUUAUCGAUCAUGGCCGGUGCGCCCGAUGCCGCGCUGGAGAAAGGCCGCUUCUUGCUACAGGAGAUGUCGGAUAUAGACAAGCUGUACCUUGUUCCCGGCGGUAUUGGCGCGGGCAGCAAUAUGAAGAUGGUGCACCAGGUUCUAGCAGGUAUCCAUAUUCUGGGUGCCAGUGAGGCGCAGGGCUUUGCUGCGCAGUUAGGACUCGAUGCAGUUCAGACAGCGGAGGCGAUUAAGUCGAGUGCCUCCUGGACUUGGAUGCAUGAGAACCGACUACAACGUAUGUUGGAAGAAGACUGGCACCCCGGCGCUAGUGCUUUGACUAUUAUUCUUAAGGAUGUGGGGAUUAUCACCACCUCGGCGCGUCAAAAUCAAUUCCCUAUCCCGCUCUGCUCCACAGCUGAGCAGGUUUAUCUGUCUGCUUUGUUGCAGGGAUAUGGCGCUGUUGAUGAUUCGUCGAUGGUGCGGCAGUACUUUGCUGAGCCUAUCAUGAAGGUUUCUUGCACUAAGUCUGCUGAGGAGGCGGCUGAGGCUCUCCAGCUGGUCCUGGAUUUGAUGGAGGUGACUAAUCUUGUUGCGACAGCGGAGGCGAUCUCAUUUGCGCGCUACCUCAAUGUCGAUUUGAAGCAGUUCUACACUCUUGUCAGUGAUGCUGCUGGUGCAAGUCGCCAGUUUAUGACGAAAGGAUUGGAGAUUAUUGAGGGGCGUGGACAAGGGGCGAAUGUAGCCUCUGAAACCAUUGAUGCUGCUAGUGCUCGUCUGGCAAGGGCUGUGCAAAAGGCACGCGAUCUGCAUUGUCCUUUAAAUCUAGGCAAUGCUGCUUUGAGCGUGUUGUUCAUGGCCAAGAAGUCGGGGUUAGGGGCUGAGGGUAGUGCCCACGUGGUGAAGGUUUUUGAGAAAUAA